AUGCGACUUCUCGAGAUUCGCGCAGGAGGGUUCAGUCUAACCCACGACCUGUCGUCUGACAACCUCCCUCCGUACGCCAUCCUGUCACACACCUGGGGCCUGCUUGCAGAUGAGGUCAUGUACGAAGAUAUCGUGGAAGGCAGGGAUAAGACCAAUCCGAAGCUUGAGUUUUGCAGACAUCGGGGCCGGCUGGAUGAGGCUGAAACAAUGGAUGGGCAGGUAGUGGAGGAUAACAAGAUGGCAUUCUGGGCCGAUCGUCCUGACACACCGGCCAGGGUGGCCGAUCUAGCGUUAACGCACAAGAGCGAGAGAGAGGUGGACGAGGUUAGGUGGCUGGAGGGAGAGGCGGUAGAGACACGGAAGACCAACUUAUCUGAUUCAGGCUAUGGUACAGCUUCGUACUGCACCAAUCGGCUACCUUAUGGACUCGGCGCACUCGACUCCAUCCGAGAGGAAUUUGACGACAAAGCCACAAUCUACUCAGAUACCUCGAGCCGGACUGACGCCAGAUUCGAAAUUUAUAGCACUAUGCUCGCGGAUAACCUGGCCGAAAUACUUGGUCCAUCCGCCCUCGAUGAGGAGGUUCUGAACAGCGCUGUGAAAUCUCUCCCAGACCUCCUACAGACAUUAGCUCUAAAGUUGGGCUUCCAAGCACCGUCGAAGAUGCAUCGCGAUGCCAUGGUUUUCAUUCAUAAGAACCGAAAUGCCCGCGAGGAUCUGCCCGACGAUCUGACAGCUGGCUUAAGAGAAACAGUGACCACAGAAAUCUUUGACAGGUUCCUACGAGCCUCUGACGAAGAGUUUGAUCCCGUCCCUGAGCCUGUCGUUGACGAAUCAGGCUUGACUGCAGACGUAGACGAAGACCUGCAUUCUGACGAAUAUAGAAGUUUGAUAUUUGACGAUCCGGGCUACGAAUGGCUUUUGCAAUGUCUACGAAACAGUGUCCUCCUUGCACGGCCAGUUCCAGACAACCUGCAAACAAUACACGAAGCCAUUCUCAAGGCGAUCCCGACGCCCAAUCACAUGAGUCGGAGGACAUCAUCAAAGGGAUGCUCAGUGACAUAUACGGUAGAUUGGGAUCCCUUUGCUUUCCUCGAUGCCCAGGAGUACGAAGAACCCGAUUAUGAAGUUGUGGCCAAAGUUAUUACCGUGACAGGACACUGCAGGGACGCCCAGGCACUUAGCGUUCAGGAUUAUCUUUCUCAGACGUGGCCAUCAUCGGGACCAGGUUUUCUCCGCCUUAUUCAGACCGUGGUUAGAAACCGUGGCCUAGACAUGAUGUCUGAGGAUCAAGUUUCAAAUGGUACAGAACUCUCGGCUUCCUACGAGCACCAUACUGGAUUACGUAUUACGGCUUCAGGAGUUCCAGGAUUCGUCGCAGAGAUAGGAGAGCAGCUUGCAUGGCUCGGUGCUGCGCUCCGGUUACCAGAUCCCGAGCUGCCAGUACCCACAAGCUUGAUCCGCUGCGUUCCAUUUGUCGACACGAUUAUACAUCUUGGAAACGAAAGUGGACGUGAUAAAAUAUCAUGUUCCAUUCGAUUUCUACUUAAAGAGUCCAAGGACGCUUCUACUCAGGACAAAGGGCAGUGUUGGUAUGGCCUGUUUCAGAGACCUCUUUUCGUCGAGGGAUUCCCGGUUUCCCGCCGACCAAAAGCCGAUACUGGCCUGGAAAUUCCUCUCGACAUGGCAGCUGCUCUCGUUGGUGCUCGUACAGUCGAGAUCUUCAAUCGAAACGUCUUUAUCAAAGGGUUAUCGGCGAUGCUGGUGCCUACUGAAAAACUCGGCGAUACAAUUGUCUGGCAUCUUAUCCGAAAUCAACGACCAAAUGAGCGAAUCUCAUAUUUGGACUGUGGCCUACAGCACAAAAACGCUUAUCUCGCCGAGAUGGACAGAGCUCGACAUAUUGUUGGCUGGUGCUCCGAAGCAGACUGCGACGUUGGCAAAAAGAGAGCCAAUUACUCGAUUAAGAAGUCUGGACUCCCCAAACCGCACACUGGCUGUGUUUUGGAACACAUUGAAGUUCAAGGCGGUCAAUAUAUCAUGGCGACAGGUGCAUUUGCUAUUGGCAAGCGCCAACCCGCUGCCUAUAUGACCCGAAAGGGUUACAUGCUUAAAAUGGACUGGAUUUCUUCCAGAUACAUAAUCCUCUGGGACGAGAAAGAGAAGAGAGGAUGGCUGGUGAACGGUGCUAGGGCCUUGCUGCACCUUCUUCGAGCAUCACUAAGACACAGCAAGGAUAAAUUCGGGUCCGCAUUUCUCUUGGAUCCAGAUGACCUCACGGAUGUCGACUGCACGAUGGAUUCAGAGUCAGCACUCGAUAUUCUUUUGGAUGAAAAUAUACGAACACGUCCGCUGUAUGUAGACAAGUACGAGACUACCUACGAGGAGAAACGCCAGCCUACAGUUCCAGGACGGGCCAUGCUAGAUGUCGAAGGGGGGAUAAAUAAGGUUAAGCAGUACCAUUUACUGGAGGACCAUAUCGAGCACAUCUUCAGGAAGUUGGAAAAGCUGGUCGACCACCAAGCCCAGAUCGAAGGACAAAGUGGGCUCAGAAUUGACCCCCGUCCGAGAAGGCAGCUAGAGGGCUGGGAUUUUUGGGACCUGGCCACGGAGAGCGAUCCAAUCUUCCCCAAAGUGUCUACACUAGACACGAUUGGAAAGGGCUGGGUGGACUUUUCACGGACCAUCCGCGCCGUCUGCCUAUUUGGCAAGGGAUUCGGUGACCUGAUCAAGCCCCGGCAAGCAGCAGCAUCUGCGACGGCAUCGACGGUCCUCUGCCCUCGCUGGAGCCUGCUACCUGCCCAGAGAUCAUACCUUGCUGUCUGUGUGACAGACAUUCGGAAGAUUAUCGAUGACUACGGCGACAUCGAUGCCAGCCCCGUGCGCAUCUGCGACUCGGUCCUUUGGCACAUGAAGCAGACCGCAUUCCGGGCGUGUCCCUGCACGAAUUCCAGCGACAGCCUGGCUUCAAGACACGAUCAUCAUGACCCUGUGCAGGUGCUGUUCCCAAGGAGCUUCAACACGAGGCUAAAGGCGAAACCGCGGGUCUGUCUAGAAGAUCAAAAACAAGGGGCUGUAAUUUUUGGCCACAACCUGAAUCUGCGCUGGUACUGGAGAGACCAUGGUGACCCUGUUAAUGACAUGUCACUGCUACAACCGCCUGCACUCACUAUUUCCUCUCCUAGCGAUAGUGACAGCGUUGGUAACGUUGGGCUGAGCUCAGAGUCAAGCAGUCAACCGGGGUCGAAUCUUUUGGAACUGUCAUCGACAGCCAGCGGUGUGGACAAUCACGGGAUACGGGAUACGCAGUCUUCUAGUGCUACUUCUAUAACAGUGUCGUCACAAGAUGGCCAGGAAAACGCAUCAAAGGAAAAUGAAGAUGGUGGCGGAACGGGGCAGAGGGGCCUCAAACGGCUAUUCCGAGACUUGGGGCCGUCUAAAUUAUCUGUGCAUAAAAGAAGGAGACCCUAG